CCCAGCCCUCUAACGCUGCCCCUCCGUUCAAAGCACGACUCCCCCACAACGUUGUCACCAUGACCACUCUCUCGUCCACCGCACCCUCCAGGCCGAGACGCGCCUCUCACUCCUUAGCCCCCUCCCCUUCCGCUUCCCCCGCCCCCAGGCCGCCCACUUCUAGGGUCUCCCAUCGACCCACCCCAUCCCAGGCUGCCGCGGCGCGUCGUGCUUCAAUCAUAGCCGCUCCAGCAGAUUCCAAAGAUGCCCUCGCCGCCUCCCUCAAGCAGGAGACAGAACAGAAGGAGCAGCUGCUCAUCCAGGUGCAGAACAAGGACAACACUAUAUCCGAUCUGACGAAAGAGAACGCGAGCCUUCUUUCGACUCUCAAUGCAGCAGAGACGAGCCUCAAUGAUCUCUAUGCUGAGCAGGCGCGCAUGGAAGACGAGAUGGCAGCUCGUAUUGACGUGUCCGACAAACUUAGGGCACAACUACGUGAGCUCGAGAAGGAAAAGAGAGACCUCCAGCGACGUUAUAACGAACAGACCUCGACGUUUGAAGCGGAACGUCAGGCCUUUUAUGAUAAUGAACAGCAUCUAAAGUCACGCAUUCAGUCCCUGACUCAGUCACGGAAACAGGCCGAGAGGUCCCGGACGCCGGAGCCAUCAGAGCCUGACACUGAACAUGACCAGGUCGACCAAGAAUCCAUCAAACAACCGGACUCCACCGAACAAGAUAUCAAUGACCCAGAGCACGAACCAGCAGAAAUGACUUCCCUCAAGCUUGAGCUAUCCACUCUUUCCACAUCAUACGCAUCUUUACAGAAUACUCUCGUUCUCUUGCAGACGCAACUUGUUGAUGUCAAACGCGUUAACAAUGAAUUGCAAGAAGAUAACGAAAGCUACAUGAUUCUCCUUCGGGAGAAAACCCUCAGCGGCCAAUUUAAUGUUCUCAAACAGGUCGGUGGAGCUACGAGCACGACGGACGGCGAGUAUGACGACGAUAUGGACGAGGCAGAGCUUGAUGACCGCGAGGAUGUCGAUAGCACGGGAAGCCAUGGCACAGGACGGAGUCGUACACUCGACAGGGUGGACGAGGAGGCUGGAGAAGAUGCCUCAGUACACGAAAUCGAUCCCGAUGCAGAACCUCUUAGCCCAGGAAGCGGGUCUCGCCGCAGCGCUGGUCGUCGUCUUCGUGGCUCAGCAUCUCCCGACAGUGUUCCUCGUGGAGAGUCGCUCGCAGGUCUUCCUAUUACCGGACCAGGACUUGAUUUGGCAGCCGAACUUGGACGGGCCGAGAGCAAUAACCCUAUGUCUUCCGAGAUCGAAGAGAGCGACAGGUCUCUUGGUCGCAAGAACAAACGCGGAAAGAAAGGCUCCGCUGAGAGCCGCAAGGUUUCAAACCCAGAUGGCGCCGAAUUCCAUGAUAUGGAGACACUUCGCAGCGAAGUCAAAUCUCUCAAGGAUGCAAACAAGGCACUGUCCCUUUAUGCAUCCAAGAUCAUCGACAGGAUCAUCGCUCAGGAAGGUUUCGAACAUGUACUUUCCGUCGACUAUGAGCCCAGUGAGCCAAAGUCUGAGACCACCCUCUUGCCAAGCACGAAAGAGUCUGCAGCCAAGAAACCCCGCCCUCAGACCACUAUGUUUUCACUAGGCUCCUCCAAGCCUUUCCCCAAAGUCGCCACGCCCGAAACACCCAGCUCACCACAGCCUGUCUUGUCUGCCACUAAUAGUCCCGAUCCGUCUCGGCCUUCAAGGACGAAGCGCCGGUCCCUUUCUAUUGAUUGGAAAAGCUUCUCUUUGUUUGGAGGGAGUGAGAAGAAGGACGCCGCCACUCUUCGUCCCCUCACUCUCAAGCCAGGAACAACCCCUAUGAUGGGUGCACGCAAGCUGGAUACCCAGGAGGAUGAAGAGGAUCGACGCGAGAGAGAACGACUCAACGCCACCAUGAAGUUGAUGGGCAUAGAAAAACCUCUUGUUUCGCCCGCAGUGUCGAACUCGGCUUCUGGAAGCCCCAUUGUCGCACCGCCUCUGGAAAAGACGUCUUCUUCUCCGGGUCCACAAACCUCUGCUACUGCUGCUCAGUCACGGUUCUCGCUUUUCCGCUCGAAGUCUGCCGCAGCCUCUGAUGGCUCUGCCGCCAACUCGGGGCGGUCCUUCGGUCUCGGCAUCGGUGGUAACAACGCUCAAAACGACCUCACGCAGGAAGCUCUGGAGCACGCUGAGGCCCAGAAUUCGUUGGCUGUCCUGGACGCACGUGAGCGGACGCUGAGCGAGGUACUCUCAAAAGGCGGCAGCGGUGGGUUCACUGAGAUCACACGUAGAAGCUUGGGCGAUGAACGGAGAAGCAGACGAAGUCGUAGAACCGGAGAUGGCAGCGGCAGCGGCAGCACUGUCUGGAGUGCAGGCAUGAGUCGUCACGAGGAGGAUGAUGAUUCCUGAUUGACAUGAUACCUCAGGUGUACCGGAGACUGACCACCCGCAUUUACUAUACCCCCCGCUUUG